CGGGACUCCCCUGACGUGGCGGCCGGGGGGCGGGGGCGGCUCAGCGAGCGCGCGGCGUCCCGGGACAGCGCGAGCGGAAUAAGUACUCGGCUCCCGGCAGCAUCGCCGUCAUGGGAAAGGACUAUUACAAGAUUCUGGGUAUCCAGACCGGUGCCAACGAGGAUGAAAUCAAGAAAGCCUAUCGGAAAAUGGCCCUGAAAUAUCACCCUGAUAAGAAUAAAGACCCCAACGCCGAGGAGAAGUUCAAGGAGAUCGCAGAGGCUUACGACAUCCUGAGCGACCCCAAGAAACGAGCUGUUUAUGACCAGUAUGGGGAGGAAGGUCUCAAAACUGGAGGUGGCUCUUCAGGUGGCUCAGGGAACACUUUCCACUACACCUACCAUGGAGACCCCCAUGCCACCUUCGCAUCCUUCUUCGGGGGCUCCAACCCUUUUGACGUCUUCUUUGCUAGCAGCCGCUCUCGGAUGUUCAAUGGCUUUGACCAGGAAGACAUGGAUAUCGAUGAUGAUGAUGACCCUUUCAGUGCCUUCAGCCGUUUUGGCUUCAACGGCAUUAACGGGGUUCACCGGCGGCACCAAGAGUCCCUGCACACGCGGAGGAAGGUCCAAGACCCACCUGUCAUCCACGAGCUCAAGGUGUCCCUGGAAGAGAUCUACCAUGGCUCCACCAAGAGGAUGAAGAUCACACGCAGAAGGCUCAACGCUGAUGGCCGGACCAUGCGGACUGAGGACAAGAUCCUAAAUAUUGUCAUCAAACGGGGUUGGAAGGAGGGAACUAAAAUCACAUUCCCCAAAGAAGGAGAUGCCACCCCAGAUAACAUCCCUGCUGACAUCGUCUUCAUCCUCAAGGACAAGCCUCACGCACAUUUCAAGAGGGAUGGAACAAACGUGGUCUAUGCAGCAAACAUCAGUCUUAAAGAGGCUUUGUGCGGCUGCACCGUGAACAUUCCCACCAUCGAUGGGAGGGUGAUCCCGCUUCCCUGCAACGACAUCAUCAAGCCGGGGACAGUGAAGAGACUGCGCGGGGAGGGGCUGCCCUUCCCCAAGGCCCCCAGCCAGCGAGGAGACUUGAUUGUGGAGUUCAAAAUCCGCUUCCCAGACAGAAUAGCUCCCCAGACGAGACAGAUCCUCAAGCAGCACCUCCCGUGCUCUUAGAGCCCAGGGACUCUCCUCCAAGCAGCAAUACUCCAAACGCACGUGCUGUAGCACCUAGCCCACACAGGACAGAGGUGCCACAGCACUUUCAAAUGCAAAAAAAAAAAAAAAAAACAACAAAACAAAACAACACACCCUCACAAUGCUUCCCUUCCCCCAAAAACCCACCCAACCCCCAUCCAUCCCUCCCCAUCCAUCCCUUUUGGCCUGUUUUCUACUCCAGCAGCAGGGAGGCUCCUGUCUGUCAUGGUUCUCCUAGCUGCCAGACUUUUUCUUUUUUCCCCAGAGGUCCAGCUUUCCAACCUCCCACAAGCGAGUGGCAUGGGCCCUUUGCCCAGGGAGGUAUGUCACGUUGUGGUUUUUUUACGUCACCUGCUUUUCAGGCCACUUUUCCCACGAGAGGCCGGACUUGUCAGGGUCUGGCGCAGUGUAAAUAGGACUCUGCAGGAUCUGGCGUCCCCACUGUUAGUUUUUUCUCUUCCCCUCUUUGAUACUUGCUGCUGUUCGGGGGUCCCGGCUGCACCGCGGUGCCAAUUGCUCCUGCCUGCGGUGACCGCCCCCCCUGUAGCUGGACUGUUUCUCACCUAAGACCAUGGCACUGAGUCCGACCGUGGUCUGCUCUCCUGUGCCAAGCCUACAACCGAGCCUCGGCUGUGCCAAAUUAUGGAGCACAUGGGGAUGAUCCUGUCCAGCCUCCUGCCCCUGCCUGGGGCUGCCCCUGGUGCCUGUGGGCAGCACAUGCCUGUACCCGCUGCCCACAGAGCCCCGGCUAGCAGGAGGAGGGGGGGAAAGCCCGGGGUAGAGCUUUCUUGUUCAGAUGUGUUGAGUUUGCAUUGCUGCUUUUUUUUUAAGUACAUAUAUAUAGAGCUCAUUAGAUAAACUCCAUAAGGGUUUUUCUCUGCCUGUUUUGGGGUUCCUGAUGUGGUGCGCUCUGACUUUGUGGGAGGGGGUGGUUCAGCAGUAUGAACUUCAGACCGCCGGGAGGGGUGGUGUAGUCUGGGUGAAAAAGCAGAGCCAAGUGUGAGCAGAGCUGUGGUUUUCAGUAGCGUUUGAGGUCAACCUUAGGCAUUUUAUUAAGAGAAAGGCUCAUGUAUAUAUUUUUCUACAGGGACGAUUCAUUCAAGAGUUUUUCUGGGUUUCAGAGUAGAGACGGGAGGCGCAUGAGGCAAUCUGCUUGGUGGCUUUAUUUUCAAAUGCUGUAUUUUUUUAAAACUUGGAUUUCCAUCAGGAGAAUUUUUAUAUUUCUUAGCUUUCUCAGCCCACUCUGCGCCGUGUCAAUUUUUUUCCCUGGGAAGGGGCUCCUACGGAGCAGGAGGCGUUUGACCUGGUUGUGUACGGCUCCUCUUCCACCACAGUACUGCCAAGAGAAACCAUGCCAAAAUAUUCCACCACCACCCCGAGGAAUUAGUUUUUUUAAAGAAAAGUCACUGACUUGAAAUGGGGAUCCUUUGGGGUGGGGGGCUGAGUGCAUGGUGUCCAUAGGGGCUGGGUGUAUAGCUGUACAGUGUAUCAUACAGGGCGAGGAGACCCAUUAGGUGCUGCUUAAUUCAUCGCCUGGUUUGGCUGGUAAGGGAACACUGCCAGUUCCCUCCACUGAUCCCUGUGGAGUUCAACGUAGAGAAACCCGGUGGACACCGCAAGCGAGAAGACAGGCUAGCGCGCAGAUGCAAGCUGCUUUGUUUUUCUCGGUUUCAAUGAGACCUGAAUGUUUUAUAGUAGGGCUUUUUGUAAUUUUAUUCUUUUUUUUUUUUCUUU